UCUUGUUUUUGCCCGUAUUCACAUUAGUACUACAUAGUAGUAAAAUAAUCUAACAUGGCUCAUGAAUCUGAGAAAUGUUUAUUGGAUCAACACAAGGAAAAACAUUUCACUGCUGGUGAGAUUGUUAGGGACAUAAUCAUAGGAGUUUCCGAUGGAUUAACGGUUCCGUUUGCAUUGGCGGCGGGGUUGUCAGGGGCAAAUGCGUCAUCUUCUAUUAUUUUAACUGCUGGUAUUGCUGAAGUUGCUGCUGGUGCUAUUUCCAUGGGACUUGGAGGUUAUUUGGCUGCCAAGAGUGAGGCUGAUCACUAUAUGAGAGAGCUUAAGAGGGAAGAAGAAGAAAUCAUCGCUGUACCUGAUACAGAAGCAGCGGAGAUUGCAGAAAUUUUGUCAGAAUAUGGGAUUCAGCCCCAUGAAUAUGCACCGGUGGUGAAUGCUUUGAGGAAGAACCCACAGGCAUGGCUCAACUUUAUGAUGAAAUUUGAACUUGGUUUAGAGAAGCCAGAUCCAAGGAGAGCGCUUCAGAGUGCAUUUACCAUCGCCAUUGCUUACAUCUUGGGAGGAUUAGUCCCUCUAAUUCCAUACAUGCUCAUUCCUAUCGCAAGAAAGGCUCUCAUCGCCUCUGUUUUGGCAACUAUACUGGCCUUACUAAUCUUCGGCUACGCCAAAGGCCACUUUACUGGAAGCAGGCCAUUUAGGAGCGCUUUCCAGACAGCACUAAUUGGAGCAGUUGCAUCUGCUGCUGCUUUUGGCUUGGCCAAGGCUGUUCAAGGCUAGGACCUUCACAUUUCUGUUUCUUGUAACGUAGCUUUUUCUUGUUCUCAUCUUUGACAAUGUAGACCUCUGAUCUUUCUCAUUAGUUUUUUGUCUGCCAUGUUAGGGUACAUGUUGAGGCAUUAAUUUUGAAUCGCGUUUUCUGUUAA